AUGUCAGCUUGUCAGCCAGAAGCUACACCAUUAGAAGAAGGAUUGAAGCUUAAUAUUGAUCCUAAUCAAGUACCAGUUGACAAAGGAACAUACCAAAGGUUAGUAGGCCGCUUGAUGUAUUUGGCACACACAAGACCAGACCUUGCUUAUGCCUUGAGUGUAGUAAGUCAAUACAUGCAUGAUCCUGGAGAACAACAUAUGAAUACCGUGAUGAGAAUAUUGCGAUAUUUUGAAGGGAAGUCCGGGCAAAGGAUUUUGUUUAAAAGGAAUAAUGACUUUAGUAUUGAAGGUUAUACUGAUGCAGACUGGGUAGGUUCCAUUGAUGAUAGGCGCUCAACAUCAGGUUACUUUACGUUUGUUGGGGGUAACUUGGUUACAUGGAGAAGUAAGAAACAGAAUGUCGUUGCCUAUUCCAGUGCAAAAGCUGAAUACAGAGGUAUGGCUUUAGGGAUUUGUGAAAUUUUGUGGCUUAAGCUUCUGUUAAGCGAUUUGGGUAUACAACAUGAUUAG